AUGUCAUCCAAUUUGGAACAAUUGAGGCCUUCAGCUACUCUUAUCAUUGCUGCCCCUAUUUCCAGGUCUAAAGUCGAGCCCGGAAAAGCCAAUUACAAGCUUCUUUUGCUGCAGCGUGGACGGAUUGGAACUUCUGCUAGUGCCCAUGUCUUCCCAGGAGGAAAUGUGGAUAAAGCGGACCAUGAUCCUCGUUGGGCUACUCUGUUGAAUUACAAAUCCAAGAACCCUAAUGAUCCACCACUCUGCAGUGCUAUUUGUGCUAUCCGAGAAGCCUUUGAAGAAUCGGGUGUCCUUGUUUGUGAUCCUCUUACGGAGUUGUCAGAUGAGGAGAUCAAAGUUUGGCGAGAUCGUGUACAUGCUAAUGGCGAAGAAUUCUACAACCUCUGUACAUCGCAUCAUAUCAAGCCUGCAGUUGAGCGAUUAUCACAUUUCUCCUCUUGGAUCACUCCACCAAUGGAAACAAAGCGAUUUCAUACUCACUUUUAUUUGACGGUAUUGCCAUGGUCCAGGAGCUCGUUCUCAGAUUCAAGAGUCUUUGCGGAUGGCAAGGAAACAACACGCUUGGAUUGGUUUACACCUGAGGAGGCUCUUGAAGCCUAUCGUAAUAAUACUAUUCAGACAUUUUUGCCUCCCCAGUUCGUGACUUUGGCAAAUUUAUUGCCAGUCAAGAAACAUGAAGACCUUUUGGAGUAUUUCAAGGACCUCGAAAUCGUAAACACCAUGCCAGAGUUUGUGGUCGAGUCACAGGACGAAAACGGUGUACAUUUGAGUGGUAUUUUGCCUGGAGACGAGGGUCACUCCACUCAUGUGAAGAAGGGGCACAGACAUCGAAUUCAUAUUACAAAGUCUAAAAAGGGAAUGAAUGUGCGAAAGUAUGUUCAUGGACCGAACGAGAUCAAAGCCAGACUCUAG